AUGCCGAAGGUCGACUACUGGCUACAAUCCGCUACCUCUCUCAUGAUUGCUACAGCGGCGGACGGUACAGUUCUCCCGUACUACGUUGUAUACAGAUCCAAGCAUCUUUAUGACACCUGGACAACUGGAGGUCCGGAACGAUGUCGUUUCAAUCGCAGUCUAAGUGGUUGGUUUGACCAAGUUUGCUUCGAAGACUGGUUUUCCAAUGUCAUUCUUCCUUACAUGACGCGCGUGAACGGCAGGAAAGUAUUGAUUGGUGACAAUCUUAGCAGCCAUUUGUCGCCGUAUGUAAUUGAAAAGUGCCAAGAACAUGACAUAGCGUUUGUGUUUCUUCCCCCAAACUCAACCCAUCUUACUCAGCCCUUGGAUGUGGCAUUUUUUAGACCAAUGAAAAUAUUUUGGCGCCAAAUAUUGGACAAGUGGAAAAUCAGCGGCGAAGGACGACGAUGCACUUCCAUUCCAAAAGAUGUAUUCCCACGGCUACUUCAUGAACUUUCAGAGAAAUUAUCUACCACUCAGAGCGAAAAUGUAAAAUCUGGGUUUAAAAAGUUCGGCAUUGUCCCUCACGACCCAACCCCUGUUCUUGAUAGGAUUCCCAGGGAAACCGAGAAAACUCCUGAAGGAGCAGGAGGCCAUGGAGUGGAUGGCGCAUUAAUAGCGUUGUUGAAAGACAUGCGUGGUGCAGAUUGUCAACAGCCAAAGAAACGAGCAAAGCGUCUUCGUGUUGAGCCGGGAAAAAGUGUUUCUUCAGAGGAUUUAUCCCACAAUGAUGAUGACAACGGUGAAACUAGUGACUCCGAGGAAACAAGUUCAGAAGAAGAGGAAUCUACAGAAGCGUCGUCUGAGAGCACAGAAGGUGAAGAUUCCGAUGAAGGGGUUAGCAGCCAUUGCGAUAAUAUAGAAACAGAAGGUGUCCAGGGAACCUCGUCAUCGGGAAAUGCUCAGCGAGGCAGUGGAAGGACUGGACUAACUGGCGUGGUUAACGUGAAGUCAAUUAAGGAGUUACAUGUAGAUCAGUGGGUAUUAGUGCGGCUUGGGGAUCGUGUGAAGAAACUGUUCAUCGGAAGGAUCGACACCGUGUAUUAUUCAGAUGGGGAUCUUGAGUUUUAUCGAGUAGCGAAGCACGGUGGGAAUUGUUUCGACAGGAACAAAAACGAGCUCAUAAUGGCCGAAAGCAAGCAGAAUCGGGAUGAUGUUCUCACAUGUUCGAUAUGUAUGGAAACAUACCGGCAACCGGUAAUACUACCCUGUCAGCACAGUUUUUGUAGGGAAUGCAUUCAUUUGUAUGCUGACAAGUCUAAAUCUGUGCAGACAGAUGAGACCUCUGACAGCACGGGCAGUGAGGACAUUCAUCAGCAGAUAGCAUGCCCUGUGUGUCGGGCAUCGACCAGUCUGGGGAGAGAAGGUGUGGCUGGUCUGCCUCCCAACUUUCACCUGGCGGAAAUUGUGGAGAAGUUCUCUGCUGUAAAGGUUGAGGAUGACGCCCCAUAUUGUUCUCUGUGUGAGGAGGAAAAUCCUGCUAAAGCUGUCAAGUUUUGUACCAACUGUGGUGUGUUCUACUGUCAGGAAUGUCUAAAUUACCAUCCAAUGAAGGGGCCUCUAAAACGUCAUCGACUGAUAUCCUCCCUGGAGUACCUCUCCCAGAAAAGUUCACAGGGUCAAGGCAGCUGGGACCACCAAUCAACCCAGCAGCCGUCGUGUGCUGGACACGGUCAGCCAUUCAUCUUGUACUGUGUACCAUGCAGGAUGGUGAUCUGUCUGGGGUGUGUGGUUGACCAUCCGAAACACGCUGUGCUAGAUAUAAAAUCAGCAGCUGAGAAUGACAAGCCUGCAAUUUUGAACAAGAUUAGUGAACUAGAGAAAGUGCUGCAAGAAACUAGAGAAUCACUGUCAGGAGUUAUGAGGCUGCACAAGGAGAUACAGGUUUGUAUUUUCCAUGAUACAUGUUCAGCCUGUGUUGUACCGCAUACCCUGUUGACUCAUUUUGACUAUGUGGAGUAUUGCUAUCAUUCACAAAUCCAGGAAAAUCAGGAACUUCACACUCAGGAGGUAGAGAAAGCUUAUUGUGCAGCCUUGGAAGCCUUACAAGCCUGGAGGCAGCACUCUUUAGAUGGUAUGAAAACCCGCUAUUCACAGUGGAGUGUGGAAUGUAGCGCCAUACUCAAACAUUUCCAGCUACAGGCGCAAGAAAUGGAGGGGAUUGUACAGGCUUCCAAGGAUUUGUUGGCGUCAAUGGACGUCGAGUUUUUACAGGGUUCCACGGGCUUCUCCAAAACAAUUGAUGACCAACUGAAUGAGAUAAGAGCAGAUCUGGAGAAACAUGAGGUCAGCAAACAGAAGCUUCUAGAUUUUAUACAACGUGACCUUGUUGUCCCCAGACACCUGACAGUCAAAGAGACAGCGCAAGAAAGUCAGGACUUAGAAGCAACAGUCAGUGGACACAUGUCACGCCCAGGUGUUACAAAGCCGACGCUGAGAUUCACAGAGACAGACGACAGUGAGCUGAGAAUCACUGACUGCGGCUGUGUGGUAAAGGGUGAGGGCUUGUCCUGGGGGAUGUGGAGGAGAGCUGUGACAGACGGGCGUUACCAGACGGGCAGGUACUACUGGGAGAUACACAUCACCUGUUCACAUGGCUGUAACUGUCGUGUAGGAGUGAUACAGGAGAGCUGUGGCGUGAGUGAGGAGACAGACCCUGGCCGUAACUCCUGGUACAUUGGGAUGGUGUACAGUGGUGAUAAGGUCGAGUAUUAUAGUCCCAGUGGUGGUGAGAUCAAACCAGACUAUCUACAGUACAGACGUUACACACGACCUCAUCACCUGGGUGUGUACCUGGACUGUGAUAAACACACACUGACAGUCCUGGACUGUGACAACAACCAGGUAAUGUACACUGACAGUGGUGUUGUCGUCACAGAGCCUCUCGUGCCAUCGGUUGGGUUUUAUGUCAGGUUUGGAUCUGUGUCUGCUCGUCUGGUAACUUUGCCUCCAGUUCUCUGUGAUAUGAUAAGCACUUCCUGA